GGAAUCCUGGGAAAAUGAGUUUCCCUCCUCCCCGUAGCCUCUGCCUUAAAAGCACUUCCUUUUCCGCCUUCGCAAAGCUUCAUGGGAAACCGAGUGUGUAAAAUCUCGGUUGCUGUAGUCCUCAGCUGUUUAGCGUCCGUGUCCGCGGUGUGUGUGAUAACUCCAGCGUCUCACAGCGCUUUAGAUUCGUUCCGGAAACUGAAACCGAUUUAAAAGUCGAGAUGGCGGACGAGCAGGAGAUCAUGAGCAAGCUGGAGAACAUUAAAGAGAUCCGCAGUAAGACGGUGCAGAUGGAGAAGCUGAAGACGCGUCUCCGCUCCGAGUUUGCGACGCUGGAAAGUGAGGAGAAACACCUGCGAGAGUACAAACAGGAAAUGGAGCUGCUGAUGCAGGAGAAGAUGGCGCACGUCGAGGAGCUCCGCCUCAUCCACUCUGACAUCAACGUGAUGGAGAACACUAUAAAGCAGUCGGAGUGUGAUCUGAACAAGCUGCUGGAGUCGACUCGGAGACUGCACGAUGAGUACAAACCGCUGAAGGAUCACGUCGACACCCUGAGAGCGGCGCUCGGCCUGCGGAGGCUUCCGGAACUCUGCCGGGAGGAGGAGCGGCUGACCCUCGAUUACUUUGAGAAGCAGAAAGCCGACUGGAAGACGGAACCUCUGGAGCCUCCAAUCCCAGAAUCCUUAGCGGCGGUGGCAGCGGCAACAGCCCAACAGCUUCAGGCGGCAAGGAAACAAGACGCACGACAGCCGGCAACCACGUUCCGACAACAACCGCCACCCAUGAAGGCGUGUCUUUCGUGUCAUCAGCAGAUCCACCGGAACGCCCCGAUCUGUCCUCUGUGUAAAGCCAAGAGCCGCUCGCGCAACCCCAAAAAACCCAAGAGGAAACCCGACGAGUAACACACACACACACACACACACACACACACAGUUUAAUUACACCGUAGAUUACUACAGUAUCACACUCAUCCUGUCAUUUUUCCUCUUCGGAUGUUUUUAUCGUUUAAUCUGUAGAGAUUUCUGUCAUUUUUACGGAAUCACGUGUUUAUUAUUAUUAUUCUUUCAUUUGUGUGUAAUAGCAGAUGAAUAUCAGAUGAAAGCCUUCGCUGUGCCGGUGUGUGUUCACGUGUUCAGAGACGAGACGCAGCGAGUGUGUUGCGGAUAUUUUCGUCGCCAAUGACUGAUAAUAACGUUUCUCUCUUCUUUUUUUUUUUAAUGAAUUUGCCUCCGUGUGUUAGUUUUUUUAAACGAGAUAUUAAAAUCCGCUCUCUUAAUUUAUCGUUUUUGUAUUUUUAUUUAUCUUUAUUUUUAACGUGUGCUGUAGUCAUUUUUGUGCAUUUCUCCGUUAAGAAAUCUUUUUAGCUGUCUUUUAAAGCCUUUAGUGUUUUUUUUGUGAAAAUGUUCUUUAAAUUACUUUAAAUUCUUUCCUUCUUUUUUAAAAAAAAACCUGUUUACACUUUUGUCUCGUCUUCAGAACAUUAACGAUGGAAACGUGGCGUGAACUCGUGCGUAAAAUUUGUGCAAUUUUGUAAAAAAUAUUUUUCUGUUGUUUUUUUUUCCCGCUUGCGUUGUUUUCGGAUGUUUAAAUAACUGAUUGUUUUUAACCUCGUCUCUUUUUUUAAUGUGUUCUCUGAACGUAUCCCGUUUCUUUGUUUUGUUUACGUCGUCAUUUUAUCUUUCCAUCAAAGAAAUGUGUCUCCUCUCUCUUUCUCUCUCUUUCUCUUUGUUUUAAAGUCUUUACAUGCUGUACAUGUACACGAGAAGCGCGUUUCUCAGUAAACACCCGUCCCUCUGUCUCCGUCUCAGUCUUUAUUGAUCUCUUUACAGCAUGGGCCGUGUGUCCUUCAUACUUUUGGGGACCGUGAAUACAUGACAAAAAAAAUAAUUCAGACGAAACAAAAACAUAUAUCGAAGGUCGUACGUAACAAAGACACCCGAUCCCCGAACAAAAUGGCUGCCAUUUCAAAGAUAAAAUAUAAUGAUAUGUAAUAAAAUAAUGCACUGUAUAUGAAUAUAAUAUAAGAAAAAAUAUGUCACUAAAGUUUAAAACUAUCCUAAAAUAAAAAAGUAGCUUAAAUAAAACAAAAACAAGUGUUCCACAGUGUGUGUGUGUGUGUUAGU